UCAAGAAUAUUGUGAUAAACCACGUGCUCAUCGUACGCAUACCAAAAUCUCUCCCAACUUCUCGCAACAUGCGUAUAGAGACGUGUUAUUUCUGCUCGUCCCGGAUAUAUCCGGGACAUGGAAUACAAUUCGUGAGGAACGAUUGUAAGAUAUUCAAGUUUUGUCGAUCAAAAUGCCAUGCUGCAUUCAAAAAGAAAAAGAAUCCCAGAAAAGUCAAGUGGACCAAAGUCUAUAGAAAGACCGUUGGAAAAGAAUUGGCAGUGGAUCCAUCGUUUGAGUUUGAAAAGACGAGAAAUAUACCUCUUAAAUAUAACAGAGAACUAUGGGCGAAGACUAUAGAAGCAAUGAAGAAAGUAGAAGUUAUCAAGCAAAAGCGACAAAAUCUACAUAUCAUGCAGCGAUUACGCAAGGGAAGAGAACUGGAACAGGAGAGAGAUGUUAAGGAGGUGCAACGUGAUUUGUCUCUUGUUCGCUUGCCUGCUGCUGGCCUCAAGGAAAGACAGAAACAAAAAGAGGCAGCCGAAGAGCACGAACAGAUGCAUGUGGAUGAAAAUUCCUCUCAUGAACUUGAAGCCGAAGCAUUGGAAGUUAAUUAAAUCAUUGUAUAUAUUUUUUUGUCACAUCUAAUUUUACUUUCGUAUGUUGCAAUUAUUUUUUAAUAAAUUAUUAGUUAUAA